AAAUCGUUUGACGGGCUAACAUUAUUGACUGCCUGCGACCUGCUAAGCAAUAAAUGAAAAUGAAAUCUAUUUCGUUUGCCGAUUUAACUAAGCAAGUGAACUUUAUCAACGACAUGAUCCUUUCGGAUAUGGUAUGCGAAAACGCGGACGCUUCAGAAGAAGCCCUGCGCUUUAGUAGAAAUCUUCUGAUUACUAAGAAUUGGUUUGAAAGAUUAUCGUGGACCAGCAAGAAACGUUACGUGCUGGCUUUGCUCGAAGAUGUCAGAAGCGCUUGGACAUUGUCUCUGCUUUUGAAAUCGAUAUGGAACUGUAGAACGAAGGAUUCUGUUAUGUCGAUCAGCGAGAAAAAUGUAUUGAGCUGCUAUGACCAAGUUCCAAUGGACCACAACAGAACAGCAAUCCCGGUGUCCACGCUCGCACAAGCAAUGAAGAACAAUCGAGUUUGGUUUCUUUCUUUGGAAAAGGAGGCGCAGGCAAUCGUUUUAAUGGAACUACUGAUUGCAUCUGGCGGGCCAAUCAUGUGGACAGUAUUACGAAGAGCUCAAACCUUGUACGAUAUUUAUCAGCAUCAGAAGUUAAAAGAUUUGGAGGAAUGUGUUCUUAUUAAAAGUCCUAAUGUGGAAAAGGACAAAAAAGAGCAGUCACCGGCGUCGCGUGUGGCGGGAACACCAGCGCCGGAUAAAAGCCAAAAUGUGAACACAAAUCCGAUUGAAAAAGAACUAGAAGAGAACUUGGCAGCGUGGAAUGCUACACUGAAAUCAAUGCGAGAAAACUUGAAAUUAGAAGAAUUGGAGAUAAGUUUGAAAGACGGUACCGCGAGGAAAAUUUGGAAAGUGAACAGAUCUAAACCGGAAACGAUUGAAACGGUUGACUUUGUACAAUUGUUACCAUCAGCUAUAGCGAAGAGGAUCUUUUGUUAUCUACCUCGGAAUCAACUGAAUGACUACGCACGUGUCAACAAGUAUUGGGCGUAUCUCGUUGACGAACUGCGCGCUGAACUUGCUGCCAGAGUUAAGAUUGAUAUGGAUCUUGCGAAAAUGCGUGAUUUAAUGUUACGUCACGACACAAGCUUGGAGGUCUUGGAGGUUGUUAAGGAGCCGGCUGCGCGCAGUUCCUUGGGUGCAACUAGUUUAGCUCAGUCGGCUAAGUUCAAGCUACUUCAGUCACAGCCAAGUGUGAAGGCCAGUGAGAAAUCUGCAGGAGUUUAUUCUUUGCGACAUUUCUUGAGUAAGAAAUUGAAACCGGCUGCGAUUCGACAAACUCCCAUUCGGAAUAUGGCGGAGCUAACGGAAAGAUUGAAUCGUCGGGGUGCUGCCGAUGAAAACAUUUGGAAGUGGUGCAAAACUAUAACGCGUGAUUCGAGAGAUAAAUUCAAAACUGGAGAGAAAGAAACAACUAAGAAGGCAUCUAAUGCUACUAAAGAAGGCAUAUUGGAAUUAGUCAAUGCACAUUUUCCUUGUCCAAUGAUGAAAAAGAAACUUGAGGUACCAUUGAAGACUCCCUUGUGUAAAGAUCCCUCUCUGACUACAACAUCAAAAAAUCGAAGAAAUUUAUCACAAACCGCGCUGGCGCGAAAUAUGCCCAGGGAAGAAAUCCACAAACGCUAUAGUCUAUGGGCGCGCGAUUUUAGCACUUCCCCUAAAUAGUUUGAAAUCGUUCUACGUAGACGAUGCGGCUUAAUUUACGAAGUGGCGACGGACUUUGUAGCAGCCACAUAAUUCUAAGUAUUUUUUAUUUUUAUUUUUAUUGCUUAGAUGGGUGGACGAGCUCACAGCCCACCUGGUGUUAAGUGGUUACUGGAGCCCAUAGACAUCCACAACGUAAAUGCGCCACCCACCUUGAGAUACAAGUUCUAAGGUCCCAAGUAUAGUAAGUAUUUAUUUAUUAAUUGACAUCAAGGGGCUGUAAGACUCUAAGCUAUAUAGUCGUGCGUCUCGCACGGAUCUGUCGUGGGUACACUAAAGUACUAAAUAUGUACCAUUAAAUAUUUUGGCUAUGUCAGGGAAGAAAAUAUUUAAUUCUGAACAAUAAAUACCCUUUGCCAUCUAAGAUAUAGGAGCACAGAUUUUAAGAGGGGUUUCUUUCUCCUCUUCACAUUACCUACAGAUUACAGGAGAAAUAAUAUUUUUUUAGAUUCUUUGAUGCGUUAUGUAGCUAUUUAUUAUAUUAUUUCAAUUUCAAUAAUAUAUUUACGCGACUGGAUAAUCAAAUAAUAAAUUCCAGUAGUGUGGUUGGCAGUCUUGCAAUUAUAUAAAUUUCGAAUUAAUUAUUCUCUAAACAAGAAAAUAAUAGAACUAUCCUUAACUUUAGAGAAUUUAAGUUACAGUAGAUUGGGGGAAAUAGAGACCAGAAUUAGAAUAGGGACAAAUCAGGGAUGUUACAAUACUUUUGUUGAGUUGUUAGAUUUAAUUUUCUUGAACUGAAAAUGAGUUUUAUUUUGUCUUUAAGAAUAUUAAAUAGUUUAAUUUAGUCAUCAAAGCUUUGUAACUCAUUAUAGGUAUUGAAAAGUUAAUUAGCUACCUAAAGUUAAGUACUUACUUAACAACUAAAUAGUGUCAGCCCUAUCGAAAAACUCUAAUGUCCCCAUACGUAACCUGAUUCACCCCGAAGCCAAGGUGAAUCGGGUCAAGCUAGUUUUUUGUCAGUUUUUGUAUAUAUUUUGUAAUAAACCAAAUAAUAACGCAUCGUAUAUAAAAAUUUAAGCCUCUGGAACCAUUUUAAUCUCAAUUUUAUUGGUAUUACCCUAACAAUUGCUGAAAAUUUGUGUUGGAUUUCGAAAGGGUCCCGAUUUCCUCCAAUCUACGAUACGAACUAAUCGUCAAAAAUAUCGAAUUUCACAAGCAGUACUUUUUAAAGUUUUUCUUACAGUAACGGUCUGCUUAAUCAAAAUGUAUAUAAAAUGUAUGUUUUUUUUUACAUAUUUUAAUGAAAUCUUUGGGAAAAGCCGUUUAUUCGUAUUGUUGCAUGGCUAUUGUAAUCAGAAAAACUAUUAAGAUUGUAAAAGAAAACAGAGUAACUGAAAAACAAGCUUACUAAUGAAAGCUUUUAAAAAGUA